AUGAUGGCCACGGCGACGGAGACGUUGACGGCGCCGGUACCGUCGGCGGUGUUGAGCCUGACCUCCUCGAAGCCCUCUGAGCCUUUCGCCGCCGUGUGCAAGACGACGGACAACACCACCACCACCGAUGUGAUCCCGCUGCUGCUGCCGUCGUCGGAGACAAAGUCGACGGCCGCCCCUUCCCGCGGAAGGUCCACCUCCCCACGGGCACGUGACGGGCGCCCGCCGUCCCCGCGUCGGUCGCCUCGAUCGCCCUCCCGCUCCCCAUCUCCACAACGCUCAGGUACAGCCGUGCGCGCCGCAGCGGUGGGUGCUUCUUCUUGGUCCGCUGCUGCUGGGCCGGCCGCCUCGAGGCUGGGAGGUCAUUUCAGCUCUGCUGCCGCGGUGAAGAACCGUGCCUCAAGCGUCGCCGUCGGGUUCGGGAACUUCCAUCCCGUCGUGGACUGGGCAGAGCCCAGUACAGCCGUGCGCGCCGCAGCGGUGGAUGCUUCUUCUUGGUCCGCUGCUGCUGGGCCGGCCGCCUCGAGGCUGGGAGGUCAUUUCAGCUCUGCUGCCGCGGUGAAGGCGUCGCUCCACCUCCCAAGAUGCUUAGACCACGACCUGAACGUCCGCGGAGGCAUGGCCGCCUUCGAGCACAUGAUGAAAUAUUUUAUCCUUAUGUUAGAAAUCCAGGAAGAGUUCUUCAAGAAGGAGAAGAAAUGA